AUGAGUAGAUUUAAUAUAAGUGUAAUAUGGGUGUUAUUCUUUUUAGCGUUUGCAGAAUCGCUCAUGGAAGACUACUACUACAGAGACAUAAUCAACGAUGGAAUAAAAUUAGAGUUCUUUGUAGGAGAAAUGACCCCAGAUCGUCAGAUUAAAAUUUAUUAUGAUGAUAAAUUAAUCAUAACUCAACAAGACACUUCCUUAAGUGAGUCUUAUGUUGGUGAAAAAAAAAAUUUGCAGAUAAUUGUACCCGAUACUGAGAUAUUAAUACUCAAUCCGGAAGAAAUUAAUUCUGAAAAAAAAGUCAUUGUUUAUCACAGCGACGGCAAAAUUCAUGUUUAUCAAGGAGAAGAAAUUAAUUCUACAAAAUUAGUUUCUGAAUUUAACAAUAGCUUCGAUUCUGAAGAGAUUGUCUCGAUACUGUCCAAUGAAUUUGACCAGAAAAAAUUGGUAUCAAUAUUUUUUGCAAAUGAUAAGUUGGUUUUGACUCAAAAAGAGACUCCAGAAGAAAUUAAUCCUAAUUUAGUACAAGUAGAAAAAUUGCAGACUGUAACUUCUGAUAAAAACAAAUUAUUGUUGCAUCCUGCAAGAUUUUCUCCUGAAAAAAAGAUUAAUAUAAUCCAUAAAAAUGGGGAAAUAAUUGUCUGGACGGGAAAAUUUGAUGAGAUACCGGAGGAUAGUGUUGAGACGCCGGAAAUUGUGGAAGUUAUUGCUGAAAAAUUGAUGAAAAAGCCGCUAGAAAUAAAUCCUGAUAAUAAAGUGUUGAAAGGAAAAAAUAACGUUCAUAAAAUAGAAAAAAUUAAUGCAACAGAUUCAAAACCUAGUGAUAGUAUCAAUAAGUCUGAAAUUAAUCAAGAAAUCACACCAGAUCUUGAAUUUGAUACUUUUUUUGACUCCGGGGAAAUUGCAGAAAUAUUUCCUCAAGAAUUCAAUUUGAAAAAGUUAGUUUGGAUAUUCUUUUGUGAUAACCAGCUUAAUGUAACCCAAUUGGGUGCUCCUGAAGAAACGAGCAACAAUAUAAGGUACAAGCACAAAAAUAUGACGAUAGUUUCUUCGGAUGUUAAUAAAUUACUGCUGUAUCCUGGAAGAAUUACUCCGGAGGAUAGGAUCAGAGUUCUGCAUAAAAAUCGGACGAUUUAUGUUUGGCAGGGGUCGGAUCGAAUUCCAAAAAAACAUAUCAAUAGGCCGGAUAUUGUUAAAGUUAUAAAACCAACUCCAAAAAUUGAAAAGCCAGAAGCUGUUCUGGAUAAAUUGGGUAAUUCAAAUUUUGAUAGAGAAAUAUUGAUGGUACUGCCAGAAUUGAACCUUAGACAAGCUUUUUCGGUUAAUAUCAAUGGGAAUAAUAAUACUAGAGUAGAAACACUAAGCACUCCACAUCAAAAAGUAUCUACAGCUCAUGGGUUCAAUAAUUCACGAAUUGUAAAAUCAGGUUCAAAUUCAUUUGUGUAUUAUCCAAUUAAUAUUGAUUUGGAUUUCAAAAUUAAUAUCAAGGACAAUUCUAACGCGUCUGAAGAGCUGAAAAUUAAUGAGACUAAUGAAAUUGAUGCGCAACCUGAACCAAUUAUGCUUCAUCAAGUGAUUGCGAGUAAUUACACAAUGAGGGUGGAUCCAAAGGAAUUAAUUUUGAAGAAAUUGGUUAGAGUGUCUUAUAAUAACGAAUUGUUGGAGGUAACGCAAAACGGAACUUCUGAAGAAUCAUUUAACGCUAGUUCAUCUUUUAAUCAGACAAACUUACAAGUUAUCAAACCAGAGACAACUAGGCUUUUACUUCAUUUGAUGUUCAUCAACCCGGACUCGGUGAUUAAAUUCCGACAUGAAAAUGGAAGGAUAUAUAUUUGGCAAGGGUCAGAUAGGAUUCCGAAGGAGGAUGUUGAUAUGCCGAGUGUUGCUCAAAUUAUUGAACCCUGGGGUGUUGAAGAUUAUGAUGAUGAGGAUGAGGAUGAUAAUGAAUCAAAGACGGUAGUGCAAGACUUCAAUAAAUCAGUUUCCGACAAAAUUGGGUUGACUCUCUUUUCGAAUAUGUACAAUCCCGAUAAAUUGAUCGUCGUGAAACAUGCGAAUGAUCAGAUUCAUGUCAAUCAAAUAGAUCGUAUUGAAGAUGAUGGAAAUAAAAAUCCGGAGAAUCAGAAGAUGUUUUAUUCGAUAUCUAAUGAAUCUAGCGUGACGUUGGAUCCACGAAAAAUUAAUUCUAAUCAAAGGAUUAUUGUUAAAUAUUUUGACAAAAUGACCUAUAUAACUGUUUGA